AUGUCACAAAUCAAGACAAUGCCACGCAAAGGUAGAAAAAAUUAUGAUUCUAAAAGAAAAGAAAAAAGGGACAAACUGAGAGAGCAGAGAUUGAAGCAGGCUGGUGAACUGAACCUCAUUUGCAGAAAUAAUCAGAGCGUCACCUCUCUAAACUGUCCAAAACAAGAUCAGAGCGGCAACUCUAUAAACUGUCCUAUACAAUUAGAUCAGAGCGUCAACUCUAUAAACUGUCCUAUAAUACCAGAUCAGAGCGUCAACUCUAUAAACUGUCCUAUACAAUCAGAUCAGAGCGUCAACUAUAUAAACUGUCCUAUACAAUCAGAUCAGAGCGUCAACUCUAUAAACUGUCCUUUACAAUCAGAUCAGAGCGUCAACUCUAUAAACUGUCCUAUACAAUCAGAUCAGAGCGUCAACUCUAUAAACUGUCCUAUACAAUCAGAUCAGAGCGUCAACUCUAUAAACUGUCCUAUACAAUCAGAUCAGAGCGUCAACUCUAUAAACUGUCCUAUACAAUCAGAUCAGAGCGUCAACUCUAUAAACUCUCCUAUACAAUCAGAUCAGAGCGUCAACUCUAUAAACUCUCCUAUACAAUUAGAUCAGAGCGUCAACUCUAUAAACUGUCCUAUACAAUCAGAUCAGAGCGUCAACUCUAUAAACUCUCCUAUACAAUUAGAUCAGAGCGUCAACUCUAUAAACUCUCCUAUACAAUUAGAUCAGAGUGUCAACUCUAUAAACUGUCCUAUACAAUUAGAUCAGAGCGUCAACUCUAUAAACUAUGUAAACUGUCCUAUUAAACAAGAUCAGAGUGUCAACUCUAUAAACUAUGUAAACUGUCCUAUACAAUCAGAUCAGAGUGUCAACUCUAUAAACUAUGUAAACUGUCCUAUUAAACAAGAUCAGAUAAAUCUGGAUUAUGAAGCAAUGGAUUUAAACAUGGAUUCUGAAGCAAUUGAUUUAAACAUGGAUUCUGAAGCAAUGGAUUUAAACAUGGAUUCUGAAGCAAUGGAUUUAAACAUGGAUUCUGUAGCAAUGGAUUUAAACAUGGAUUCUGAAGCAAUGGAUUUAAACAUGGAUUCUGAAGCAUUGAAUUUAAAUAUGGAUUCUGAAUCAGUUGAAAUAAGUUUGGAUUUUCAAGCAACUAAAUCUAAUACGUUUUCUGAAUUACUUAAAUCAAAUGUGAAAUAUAACGGAACAUGUGAACUGGAAAAAUCUAAUUUGUAUGAUUCAAUCGAAGCUGAUCCAGAUUAUAGAAAUACUUUCAGCGACACUAAAAUGAAACAAAUACACAUGCAGAAAAACAAAAGAUUUAAAGAAUUUGUAGAUAAAAGCAUGAUUGUAGAAACUGACAAUACACAACUUGAUUGUAAUGGUAAUUUUAUUAUAGACUUUGAACAAGAGAAUAAUGGGUUAAAGCUGUAUAGUCACAAGAACAAAGGUACAAUAACCGAAAACAGUAUAGAGGUUAGCCAUGUUAGAAGAUCAGUUGAUAGAAAUUUUGUAGUCCAAGGUAGUUUUCACCAAGGAGAUAUCCGAUUUGGAAUUAACAGUGGGAAACAAUGUGUUGCAAACUGUUUAUCAGCUCUUGCUCACAGUAAAUUUAAAAGUUUAAAGGAUUGGGAUCAGAUGUAUAUAGAUAAUGUUUUGAUCAAGGGAAACCAAAUAUACAGCAAUAUCCAUGGUGACAAUGUUCAUCUCCUUGUAUCAGACCUACCUGGAAUGAUAGAAAUGUCAGGAAAAUUACUGAAAAUAUCAAGAAAAGAAUCAAUAACAGCUGUCAUUGAUAACUAUGGAACUUUAGAUUUUAGUGAAUUUGGAAACUCUUUGCCUUUAGACCAAGCUUUACAAGAAUCUCUAAUUGACUAUGAUGCUUGCUUUAUAUGUGCAUAUGAUACAACAUUCUUAGCCUUGAAACACAAUCAAGAUUUACUUUUGUUUGAUUCCCAUGCACGAAACAAGUUUGGCUUACAGGACAGUGAUGGUAAAAGUUUACUUUUAAAAUUAAACAAUCUAGAUCAUCUUUAUCAAUAUUGUUGCAACAUGAUGGCUGGAUCAAGCCAAAAUCAAUGGUAUGAGGUAACAGGAGUCAGUAUUUGUAUUGAAAACUGCACUGACAGUAAUGAACUUUUAGAAAGUUAUAACCAAGCUAGCACCAGCAACACUCAAAUUUCAGAAAAUCCAAAAAAGGAAAACAAAAGCAGCCAUGAGAUAAUCAAAACUCCAGAAAUUUUAAUUAUGAAUUACCACAUUUCACCAGAAAAAUUCAUAACUAACAUAAGCUGUAAAGAAAGUAUUGUCACUGAGAAAAAUAAAGUAGUACACAUUGAUGAGGGUAUUACAGAUAAUGAAUCUGAUGUUGAAAUUUUGUCAACAAUAAAUAAUUGUUAUGAUUUCAAACCUCUGAAAACAGAUUCAAAGAGGAAGCUCUGUAUUAUCGCCAAGAUACCAACCAAGACAAUAUCCAAAAAGAUUACACCAAACAUACAUAACAUGGGACCACCAUCUGCUACAAAGACUAUCACAGGUGAUGGUAAUUGUCUUUUUAGAGCCAUUUCAUAUGCAAUAUCUAAUAGACAAGAAUUCUUUGGAAAUGUAAGAAAGGUAAUAGUUGAUCAUUUGAUGACAAAUACAGAAAUAUUCAGGUCAUUUUUACAGCCACGUUUUAUAACGGUAGAACAACAUAUACAAACACUGAAAAUGAAAGAAAAACAUGUAUGGGGAACUGAACUGGAAAUAUUAGCUUGUGCUGACCUUCUUAAAACAGACAUUUAUACUUUUUAUAAUGGUACAUGGAUUAAGUAUUCUUCAUCUCAAAUAAACAGCAAUAAUUGUGUUAAUGAUCAGGCAAUUUAUCUUCAACAUAAAGGAGAUAUAAAUCAUUAUGAAGUCGUCACAAAUGUUACUCAAAAAUCACUCUCUCCAAAUCCAUUACAAUAUAGACAAAGUAAUGCAGAAAAGUAUCAAGUUGAUAGAAAAUCUGAGGUCACUUCUAAGAAAAUGAAAGUUGAUGAAAACCAGACAACUGGCUCGAUUUACAAUUUGGGCGACUGCAAUACUGAAUCAAAAGGUUUAUCUAAAGCUGAAAAAGAAAGGAUCAAGUACUGGACAGAUGACACAUUUAGAGCUAGAAAAACUAAUACAUUAAAAAGAAAAUACUGGGAGAAUGAAGGAAUACGUUCCAAAAAAUUAUGUUUAGGCAUUAAAAAAUACAAAGAAAAUGAGACAUACAGAUUGAAUUUAAUACAAGCAGGUAUUCAAAAAUAUCAAGACGAUGAAGAAUACAGGGAUGCUUUAAUAGAAUCAGGAAUUUAUAAGUAUCAAGAAGACAGGGGUUACAAAGAUGCUUUAAUACAAUCAGGAAUUAAUAAAUAUAAGGAAGACCAGGUUUACAGAGAUGCUUUAAUACAAUCAGGAAUUCAAAAAUAUCAAGAAGAUCCUGAGUACAGAGAAACUUUGAAACAAGCUAGUAUAGAAAAGUAUAAAUCAGAUGAUAAGCACAAGGAACAUGUUAAACAAACAAGUAUACACAAGUAUAAAGCAGAUGAAAAUCACAAGGAACAUGUAAAAAAAGCAAGUAUACAAAAGUAUAAAGAGGACGAAAGUCACAAGGAACAUGUGAAACAAGCCAGUAUACAAAAGUAUAAAAAAGACGAAAGUCAUAAGGAACAUGUGAAACAAGCAAUUACAACAGAUAAAUACCAACACAAAUGUACAGAUGAUUGCAAGACAAAUUGUGCUUUUGAAGGAACAUGUAGAACAAGUUUGUGGAUCUGUUAUACUUGUCAUCGUAAAAUGUUGAAAGGUAAAAUACCUGCUGAUUCCUUUUCAAAUAGUCUAUUACUAGAAAAUGUUCCAGUAGAGUUAAAACAGCUUAAUUCAAUUGAGCAACAACUUAUUGCCCAGAACAUUCCUUUUAUGAAAAUAAUGGCUUUACCAAAAGGAGGACAAAAAGGUGUUCAUGGACCUGUAGUGUGUGUGCCAUCUGAUUUGAAAAAAGUAACUUCCACAUUACCCAGAUCUGAAAAUGAAAGUCUAUUACUGAAAGUUAAGUUAAAGAGAAAGCUAAGCUACAAAGGAUAUGACAAAUAUCAAUUUGUAAGACCAAACCAUUUAGAGCAAGCUCUUUUGUAUUUAAAAGAUCAAAACAUAUGGUAUAAAGAUGUGGCUAUCAACAAUGAAUGGAUUAAUCCAAUUCCUGAAUUAAAUGAUGAUCAAGUAGAAAAGGAUGAAUCUGAAUCUGAUCAUACUGAGCUAGUGAGGGAAAAUAAAAAAGAGGAAGAAAAAACUAAAACAACGUCCUCUACAACAGGCAAUGAAAAAGAAAUUGAAAGCGAACCUGUUAGCUACAUUGAUGAUAGAUUACGUGGUGUUCAGUUAGAUACUUGUUUACAACCUGCUGAUAUUGGACAAGAGGCUUUAGAUUUAUGCUUUGACCAAGUUUUUAACCUUGCUCCAGCAGAAAAUAACAGUCCUCUUAGUGUUCUCCAAGAAUCAGGAAUUGAAGCUAAAACUUUUCCUGUACAUUUUCCAACAGGAAAAAAUACAUUUGAUGAAAUCCGUAAUGAAAAACUGACCAUUGGAAGGUACUUUAAUCUUCGAUUGAUGAGUGUUGAAAACAGGUUUGCAAGGGAUACAUCCUACAUAUUUUUCAGUCAAUAUUUAACAGAACUCAACAGUGUGAUUUCAAAUGUACAGAUAUCUCUCAGAAAAGAAUGCCCUUUUUCUAAAGAGGGAAAGAAAGUUACUGGAGAAAUGCUGUGCAAUAAGGAAACCUUGAAAGAGCUGUUUAAAAAAGAUGAAGCUAUUAAGUAUUUAAAACCUAUUAGAGGAACUCCCCCAUACUGGCAAAGUUCACAGAAAGAUAUAUUUGCAAUGAUCAGACAGUUAGGUGUGCCAACAUUCUUCUGUUCUUUUUCAUCAGCAGACUUCAGAUGGUCAGAAAUUGUUAAUACAAUAUUAAAACAACAGGGUGACAUGAGAAAUACGGAAAAUAUGACAUGGGAUGAAAAAUGUAAAGUUCUUUGUAGCAAUCCUGUUACAGCAGCAAGAAUGUUUAAUCAUAGAUUUAAUACAUUUCUAAAGGAUGUUAUCAUGUCAGAAGCUGAACCAAUAGGGAAAAUAAUUGACUAUUUUUACAGAGUUGAGUUUCAACAAAGAGGUUCUCCUCACACCCAUUGUUUGAUUUGGGUAGAAAAUGCUCCAAAAUAUGGUGAAGAUGACAAUGAAGAAGUUAUGAGUUUUAUUGACAAGUAUGUUACAUGUGAGAUACCAGAUGAAAAUGUAGAUAAAGAAUUACAUGACAUUGUUAUGGAAGUACACCAACACAGCAAAAAUCAUUCAAAAACCUGUAAGAAAAAAGGAACAGUAUGUCGUUUUAAUUUUCCAAGACCUCCUUCAACUAAAACAUUCAUCUCUGAACCAAGUAAACCAGAUAAUGAAAAUAAAAAGGACGAAAAAGUAGCAAAAGAAAUAUUGUCUGGCUUGUGGACAGUUAUAAAAGAGCAUGAAGAUAAAAACUUAGAUGUAUCUGAAAUUUUCAAAAAGACAGGUCUUACUCAAGAAAGCUUUGAAAAGUAUUUUCGUUUCAUCACCAAUCGAAACACAGUAGUUCUUAAACGUGAGCCAAAUGAAAUUUACACCAACCAGUAUAAUCCACAUCUUUUAAGGGCUUGGAAUGCAAACAUGGACAUACAAUAUAUUUUGGAUGCAUUUUCCUGUGUUGUAUACAUUAUAAGUUACAUAAGUAAAUCUGAGCGAGAACUAGGAUUACUCCUCCAACAAACCAAAAAUGAAGCUGAAGAAGGAAAUUUAAAUGCACAACAGACUAUGAAAAAAAUUGGAACUUCAUACUUACACCAUAGAGAGGUUAGUGCACAAGAAGCUGUUUUUAGAGUUACUGGAUUAAGAUUAAGAGAAUGUUCUAGAAAAGUAGAAUUUAUACCUGUUGGUGAAAAUCCAUGUAGAAUGAGCAUACCUCUGAAAGACCUAGAGAAACAACAAAGUUAUAAAUCUUCCAACAGAAAAAGGAGUAAUAGUGACAGUGCAGAUGAAAAUGAUGAUGAAAAUAAAAUAUGGAUGAACAAUUUAGUUGAUAGGUAUAAAGGUAGACCACACAUUGAUAUGUUUAUUAAAAUGUGCCUUGCAAGGUUCGGUUCUGAAUACAGUGUGUUAGGAGAGUCACAGUUACCCCAGAAAAUUAAUGAAGAAACAACCUUCAAACUUGAUGGCAACCUAGGACAUAUUAGAAAGCGCACAAGAACCUCACCGGCAGUUAUCAAAUAUCCACGUUUCUCACAGGAAACUUCACCUGAGAAAUACUUCCAAAGCAUUUUGCAACUCUUUUUACCAUACAGGCAUGAUGAACAGUUAAAACCUCCACUAUUUGAUACAUAUGAAAAUUUCUUCACUUGUGGUAGAGUUAAGUUUCCAGGGGAUAAUACUUUGACUUCUGUAAAGGAAUUUGUUAUCAAAAACAUGGCAGAUUUUGUGAAAACUGGUCAAGAGUUAGAGGACGCAGAAAAUCAAUUGCAUGAAAUAGAUCCAAAAGAAGAUGCAUGGUGUGAAUUAUGUCCAGAAUCAGAACUGAACAGAAGAGAAUGUAUUGAUGAAGGGAAAGUAACAAGUGUGAUUGAAGAAGAUUUGUCAGAAGCAACAAUACCCGAUUUGAAUAAUGAAAAGAGCUCAUCAUCUGUUGGAACUAAUCUGCUGUCAGUUGCCCUCACAAAAAAUGAAAUUAUCCCAAGACUCAGAAGUUUGAAUGUGAAGCAGAGACAAAUUCUCUAUAAAGUGAGAGAUUGGUGCAUUCAGAAAGCAAAUGGAAAAACACCAAAGCCUUUACAUGUAUUCAUUACAGGAGGAGCUGGAACGGGUAAAAGUCACUUGAUCAAGUGUAUACAAUAUGAAGCAACUAGAAUUUUAGCACAAACUUCAGAGAAUCCAGAUGAUCUCACAGUUCUAUUAACAGCUCCAACUGGAACAGCUGCAUUUAACAUCCACGGAUUGACAAUUCACAGUGCUCUCGGCAUUUUCAAAUCACUUUCACCUGACCACGCAACUCUAAGUGAAGACAAAAUUAAUUCGCUCCGAACUAAGUUAGAAAACUUACAGAUCUUGAUUAUUGAUGAAAUUUCAAUGGUCAACAAAAAGUUGUUGUUUUUCGUUCAUGAGAGACUCAGACAAGUGAAAAAAAGACCAGACAAUUGUUUAUUUGGAGGUGUCUCAGUAAUUGCAGUUGGUGAUUUUUAUCAGUUACCACCUGUUAGAACAAAAAGGGUAGACAAAUUGUAUGUAGAUGAUCCCUCGAAUCCUUCAAAUCAGUUAUGGAAUGGUUUGUUUGAAAUUGCUGAAUUAGACGAAAUAAUGCGUCAACGUGAGGAUGGUUUGUUUGCAAAACUAUUAAACAGACUGCGUGUAAAGCAGAAAAAUGAAAGUUUGUCAUACUCUGAUAAAGAUACUUUAAAACAAUGUAUUGGUGAUGGUCCUGAUGAAGUGUUACACAUAUACUCAACAAAUGCAGAGGUUGAUACUUUUAACAAGGAGAUGAUUUUGAAAUUGUGUACAGAAUCAAAAUUAAUUGAAGCAGAAGACUAUGAAAAAAACAAAACAUCAGGAAAAUUGACCCUAAAAAAAAUCCAUUGUACAAAGUCAGAUGUCUGUCUUCCAAUAUCUAUUCUUUUAGCUGAGGGAGCAAGAGUAAUGCUUAUCAAGAAUGAGGACACAGCAGAUGGUUUAGUAAAUGGAGUAAUGGGAACAGUAAUUUCUAUCAAAGACUACUCACCUAAUUCACUCCCAAGUGCCAUAUUUGUUCUCUUUGACAAUGAAAGAGUUGGAAAAAAUGCAAAGUUACAAAAAAUCAUCUGCGGAAAACGCUGUGUUGGAUUAAAGCCUUCAAGUGAAGACAUUCCUUUAAGUACCUGUGUACGUAAACAGUUCCCAUUGAAACUAGCCUGGGCUUGCACUAUUCAUAAAGUUCAAGGGUUGACAGUUGAAGAAUGUGUUGUUGAUUUGAAUAAAUGUUUCACUUAUGGUCAAGCAUAUGUUGCCCUUAGCAGAGUUACCUCGAAAUCAGGUCUUCAUAUUAAAAGCAUAGUAACGGAAAAACUUGACAAGAAAAUUUUCUGUGAUCCCGAUAUUGUAAAGGGUGUUUCAGAAAUGACAAGAUUUUUACCUGAAGUUGAGAAUGAAAGAGAGGAACAUACAGAUAUUGUCCAGAUAAUGUAUCACAAUAUUCAAGGUUUGCAGACCCAUGCAGAAGAUCUUAAACAAAAUCCAGACUUUAUGGGUGUCGAUUACAUUUGUCUUACUGAAACCUGGGCUGAUCAGGAAUUUGCUUGCUUUGAAAUGAUUGGAUAUGAUGGUUUUCAUUUGCCGCGAUCUCAAGCUUUUGAAAAUGACGAUUCUUACUAUUCAUCUUUAAAGGAUAUGCAGCAUGGUGGUGUGUGUGUAUUUUAUAAACAUUCAUCAGAAACUGAACUAUGCAACUUGGCCUCAAACUUAGAAUGUAUAGUUUUCAAGAUAACAACUGAAAAUAUUUUUGUUGCUACGAUCUACAGAACUCAGAAGUAUAAUGUUGGAAAUUUUUUGGAGAAUUUGGCAACAUUAAUCUGUAAGUUGCAAGAAUUAUCAGAAAAAAUUGUAAUUAUUGGCGAUUUUAAUCAAGAUAUUUUAAAAGGAUGUUAA